AUCAGAAGUCAUGUUGUUCAUCAAAAUCGUUAUUUCUUUGAUUUCAAUCAUUUCCCUUGUACAGGCUACACCCCCUGCCUGUUUCCUUUCAUGUGUUCAAGUUAUUGCAAGAUGGUGUGAAAAAAACCAUGCUGAUUUUCUCUGCAUUUGUGAUAAUAGUCCUUCUUUAGUAGGUUGUUUGGUUGAUAUUUGUCCAUAUGGUAAUUUUUUCAGCGCUAGAGAUCAUUUUUGGGGUACUUGUUUGGAAAGAUUGAGUGAAAAUAAUCCUGCGAGCUAUGGAAAACCAAAAGACCAGAUCGAUUUAACUGGCCCUAAAGAUGAUGGCUUGUUUGAGGAAUUUCCUGAAGAAUGGGAUCAAGAUGAAGAUGGAGAUGAAGAUGAAGACGAAGUGGAUGAUGGAGAAAACGACGAAGAGGAAGAACAAGGUGAUGAAGAUGAAGACGACGAAGAAGGGGAUGAAGAUAACGAUGAUUAUGAAGAAGAAUAUGAGGCUGGUUGGGAUGAGGAAGAAGAUGAUGAGGAAGAAGAAGAUGAUGAUUAUGGUGAAAAAGAUGGCAACGAUGAGCAAAACGGAAAGUUUUAUGAAGAAGAAGAUAUGGAUCUCUCUGAAGAAGAUAGUUCUGAAAAUGAUCCAAAAAGUGAUAAAAAUAGUGGGUUUUUUAGUCCAGACGAGGAAGAUUUUGAAGCUACUAAACUGGAUUCUGGUGAUUAUCAUGAUCUUAUAUUCUUAUCGUCUCCAGGUUUAAAUGACCCAAACUAUGUUCAGCCAUCUGCACCGAGAAAUUAUGAGCAGAAAAGUGAAAUGAAAUCUAAAACCCCCGAGAAUUCCAACAACCGUGAUAUUCAAGAAGGAUCCUCAAACUUCAUCAACAUUCGUCCUAAAGAAGAAGCCUCCAAUAUUUACUUGGAUUCUCCAGAUGCAACAGAUCAAAGUACUGAAGGUGAAGAAUAUGAGAGCAUGGAGGAACAAGAAGAUGAAAACUAUGAAAAGGAUGAGGCCGAAGUUGCUGACUCUGAUUUUGAGCCGCAUGAUGAGGACUUUGAUGAAGGUAAUGAAGAAGAAUAUUCUGAUGAGGAAGAAUAUGAAGCAGAAGACGAUGAAGAGGAAGAAUCUGAUAAUGAUGACGACUUUGAACAAAACAGUGACCAGGUAGCAUCAAAAGAUGACUUGAAUUAUGAUCCAUUGACUCUUGAAAAAGAGGAUCAUGUUUUAGAUUCUGAGUCUGCAAAGUUCGAUGAAUCGAAAAUCAAGGAAAGGGCCGAAAAACUCUUUUUGAAAGAAUUAGAAACACCUGUUAAAUCAAAAGGAUAUUCAUCGAAACAAGAAGAACAUAGUCCAUUCAAUUAUGUCGGUCAUCGGAUAUCACAUUCUAAGCCAUUCAGGUCAUUUAAAGAAUACUUGGAGAAAAGUCAGAAUAAAGUCAAGGUCAUAAGCAAUUCUCUAAAGUCAGAUGAUCAGGAAGAAGAUGAGAGCUUCGAUACUGGCGAUAUUACUAGCCAGAAGGUUGCAAAAAAUUCACCUCCAACAGACCCGUCAAGGUACAACACAGAUGGUACUAUUGAAGAAGAUAUUGUGAAAGGGAUCCCAAAGAAAAUCAAGAGAAAAAUCAAGAGGCUACCUAAUGAUGUUUCUGAGAAAAUAAAGAAAAUUAAGAACAAAAUCAUAUGA